ACUACGUAGCCACUAAAAACCGGGGUUAUGUUGAAUGUUCGAAGCGAUGGUUCAAUUUGCAUCCUAACCCAAACCUAGCCGUCAAAGUCAGUGAUUCCAAUGUUUUGUCGAUGACUUGUAAAAACUCCCGAGGAAACUUAGUGAAACAGUGAAGUUUAAUCAGUGAAAAUGGGUCAAAGCCAGUCAGGCGGCAGUGGAGGUGACAAGAAAGAGGAAAAGGACAAAAAGAAAAAGUAUGAGCCCCCAAUUCCCACCCGUGUGGGCAAGAAGAAGCGCCGCACUAAGGGUCCCGAUACCGCGCUGAAGCUGCCUGCAGUCACCCCUCACACCAGGUGCAGGCUGAAGCUGCUGAAAAUGGAAAGAAUCAAGGACUACUUACUAAUGGAGGAAGAGUUCAUUCGCAACCAGGAGCGACUCAAGCCCCAGGAGGAGAAGAACGAGGAGGAGCGAUCUAAGGUGGAUGAUCUGAGAGGAACCCCCAUGUCAGUGGGCAACCUGGAGGAAAUCAUCGAUGACAAUCAUGCGAUUGUGUCCACAUCGGUGGGCAGUGAGCACUACGUCAGCAUCCUGUCCUUUGUGGACAAGGACCAGCUGGAGCCUGGAUGUUCAGUAUUGCUGAACCAUAAGGUGCACGCUGUGGUGGGAGUGUUAGGCGAUGACACCGACCCUAUGGUGACUGUGAUGAAACUAGAAAAAGCCCCCCAGGAAACCUACGCAGAUAUCGGGGGGUUGGAUACCCAAAUUCAGGAAAUCAAGGAGUCUGUUGAGCUGCCGUUGACCCAUCCAGAGUAUUACGAGGAGAUGGGCAUAAAGCCGCCGAAGGGCGUGAUUCUUUACGGACCACCUGGAACUGGCAAAACCCUACUAGCUAAAGCCGUGGCCAACCAGACGUCAGCGACCUUCUUAAGAGUGGUUGGAUCUGAGUUGAUACAGAAGUAUUUGGGCGAUGGCCCCAAGCUGGUUCGCGAGUUGUUCCGAGUGGCUGAAGAACAUGCACCGUCCAUCGUCUUCAUUGAUGAAAUCGAUGCGGUCGGCACGAAGCGGUACGACUCAAACUCAGGAGGAGAGCGCGAAAUUCAAAGGACCAUGCUGGAGCUUUUGAAUCAGCUGGAUGGUUUCGAUUCGCGAGGCGACGUAAAG